AUGGCAGAUAAAGACUCCACCACCCCCCGAAUUUACCUCAUCCGCCACGGCCAAACAUCAUGGUCCCAACUCGGCCGCUUCACCGGCGUCACAGACCUCCCCCUCCUCCCCGUCGGCGAACAAAAAGUCCGAGAAACAGCAUCUCACGUCUUCGGGCCUGGUCUUCUAAUCGAGCCUUCGAACGUAGCACGAUUCUACGUCAGUCCACGGCAACGCGCACAGCGGACAUUGGAGUUGUUGUUUGAUACGGCGGGGCGUGAGGCGUGUUUAUCGCCUAGUCUUGGCGAGGACGGAGGAGAAGUGGGGGUGGGAAGUGGAACGGUCGAUGUGCGAGUUACGGAGGAUGUGGCAGAGUGGGGGUACGGUGACUAUGAGGGGUUACUUACGCAUGAGAUUAGGGAGUUGAGGAAGGAGAGAGGUCAUGAUAAGGAACGGGCAUGGGAUAUCUGGCGAGAUGGGGCGGAGGGUGAGGGAUCAGAGAUGCCUGCGCAGGUUGAGGAACGUGUUGAGCGGGUGAUUGGGGAGAUUGUGGAGUUGCAUGCUUCUUAUUUGAAAGACGCGGAGGAGGGAAAGUUGGGUAAAGGGAGGAGAAGGGAUGUGGUUGUGGUAGCACAUGGGCAUAUUCUGAGGGCAUUUGUAAAGUAUGUGAAGAUGGAGUUGAUGCUUGAGCCUGGAGGUGUUUGUGGGUUGAGCUAUGCACAUUCGAAGAUUGAUCAGCGAGCUGUGCUUGUCGGCAUGAGCUUUCCUGGUGGAAUCAAGGGGUGA